UGUUCAUUCAUUUGGAAGCUGCGUUCGUCAGUUUCCCGCCAUUUCGCCACCUUGGUUGGCAUUUUCCUUAUACGCUCUGGUAGCAUUCGUUUGUUUCUGCGUUUGUAUGAAAAUUUAAUUCGGAUGAAUUUUCCUGUCUUUAUAUGCUUAGUAUCAGUUCGGCAAACAAAAGGUAUGUUCGUUUUUUUGUGAAUUGAAGGUUUUGCAUUCCCUUAUUAUUUUGGCUGAUUAGGCAUGCGCAUUGAAGGUAGUUCAGGGUAAUGCUCAUUUGGUUGUUGCUAUUUAAAGAGACUAGGUGUUCUUUUUCGCUCUUCUUGGGUUUAAGCUGAAAUUUCUUAAGAAUACUUUCUUUGGCGUUUAUUCUGGUUAGUGCAGGUAAGAAGCAUUAUUUUACCUUUACCAUUUAGGUUUACCCUUUUAAUAGGUAUUCUUCAUUUAUCAUUUUUAAUUCUUGUGUAUUCCUUCAUAUAGCUGCCCUAAUGGCAGCGUCUAGGUCUUCAAGAGGGUCUCCUUCUAGGCACUCAAGGUAAAUUUUUUGCUUUUUAUUGGAUUAAAAGAACGCAAAGAAAUUGUAUUUUCAAUCCUCCUCUUUCCAUUUGGUUUUAGUGUCCAUGAGUUUGACACAUCGGAAAGAUCUGUUGGAGGAAAGAAGUCUCACAAGUCUACCCGUUGUAUUGCAUGUGAUGCUAAGGCUUUGGAAGGAAAGAAGCUAUGUGGUACUUGUUUGUCCGAAGCAGCUGGUUCUCCUAAGGAUCCAUCUCCAGAGAUUAUGAAGUGGAUCCAGAUGGCAGUAGAUAAGUCCAUGGAACAGUAG